AUGAUCGCGCGCCAAGUUUUCGUCUUUCUCGUUGCGCUGGCCCUCGCCAGCACGACCUACUCCGCCUCUGUGUCGCCACUGCAGCCGGCUCUGCAGAAGCGUGGUCUCACGGGCAUGCAGCGCCUUACGCCAAAGGCCAUCGACGGCCUCGCUGCGGACCAUCCACUGCCUCGGCACGAGGACGAGGCUGUCGACCAGAAUGCGACCUUUAGCUCUGGUUCUCUUCGUGGACGUGACCGUCCCUUUAAGGCACACAGCAGCCGCCAUAACUCGGGCAUGGCCAAGAUCAAAAGAGUCACGAGGUCCGAGUCAAAUGAGGACUAUGACAAGCGCAACUCCCAACGCAAUGGCAACGGACAAUACGGCAGCCACCACCAGGGCAAUGGUCAACAGAGCCACAAUGGCAAGGGAAGUGGCGGCAAGGGAAGCAGUGGCAACAAGGAAAGCACUGGCAACAAGGAAAGCACUGGCAACAAGGGAAGCAGUGGGGGCAGCGACAGUAGCGGCGAUGGAGGAAAGAAUGGCGACGACAACCAGGAGGGUGAUCAGGACCAAAGCGGAGGCAGCGGAGCGACCGGCCCUCAAGGUCAGUGGAGUGGAGAUGCCACAUUUUUCGAGCAGAACGGCACUGGUGCCGGCGCAUGCAGCGGCAUCGUCAGUCAAGACACAGACAAGAUUGCCGCCCUGAGCGCCAAGUUUUUCCAGAAUUACGGAAAAGACAAGGCCUGCAAGAAGUACAUCAAGGCCACCUACAAUGGCAAGAGUGUCAUCGCGCGUGUAACCGACGAAUGCCCCGAGUGCGCCGAAGGCUCCGUCGACUUUUCCAAGGGUGCCUUCGACCUGCUCGGCACACAAAACGAAGGACGACUCAAAGGCAUGACGUGGUCCUUUGUCGACGGUCCUGACGAUGGCUCCUCUUCGCCUUCUUCUUCUCAGGCGAGCUCGGCAUCCACAGGAGGAAAGCGACCGAAGCAAAGCCAGUCCAACGAGGACCAAAGCGACGAUUGA